UGACACCAGGGCUCCUGUGUCCUCGAAAUAUCAAGCGAGCAGGGUCCUCUCCUGAGUGUGUGGCACAGGUUCAUUUCUGGUGACGCAGUGCCAGGGCCUGAGUCAGCCCUAAACUGCUUAGUCCUCUGAGGGAUGAUGGGAACACAGGGCACAGCUUUGUGCCAUCAUCAAGGUCAACUCCCACCCACCAACCUCAGGCCACCCCGCCCAUGGAAAGUCAGAAACUCAGCUGGAGGAGCAUAGGUGGAGUUGUGCAGGAGAGAGACGCUCUGCGCUCCUCACUGCAUACCCGACAGGACAGGGCACCACACCAUUGUCAGCCUCCAUGAACCUCCCUGCUCUGGUACCUGUUCCCAAGACUCUUACUUAAUUCCUUUUCUCUGCCAUUGCAAUCCCAACAUUUAGGGGUUAGGGCUCAAACCUUCGCACAAGAAGACAUGCCAUACAAGGGGAAGAAGGCUACAAGCAAAACUGCGAAGCGCCCGAGGGAGUCUUCGGAUUCUCAAUCUGAUGAUGAUGUUGUCCAUCACAAUUUUCCCCCCAGACCAGGAUUCAGCUUAUUCCUUGUAUCCUCCCCCCUUGUUUUUGUUUCACUGAAGCAGAAAAGCAUGUGAUUGAGAUCAGUGAUGAGGACAGUUCUUCAUCAGACCAAGACGAUCAGCAGGCAAGGGGGUCUGCUCUGAAGAUGACACGAGAACUUCACGGUGACCCUAAAAAGUCUCACCUUGCAAAGAGAAAACAGUAUUGCCAAGAUGUAAAAACUUCUAUCGACACCCUGAAUGAAAAGCUUGUGCGUAUUUUUAAAACACAACAAAGGGAAAGGAAGAUGCUUCGUUCCAAAUAUUCUAAGAUGUUUGAGCCUUUGUUCCAACAAUGGGAAAAGGAUGUGAUGAAAGUCGGACAAGAAGAAGACAGUUUUGUUAAUUCAUCCAACCAACGUGCAGGGACUAUGUACAAUGCUAUGAUGGCGCAGAGAGCGACCAUUGAUGAAGCAAAAACUGUAUCUGAUCAGUUUCUAAAGAAUGUCCAAGUCCUUGAGGAUGAGCAAAAAGUUCUUGAUGCUAUUGAGCAAAACAAAUUGGAAAAUGAAAUGCAAAGCCUGAAGAAGAAACUUGCGACAGAAAAUCAACAACAGGACUUGGCAGCUAUCGAAUCAUGUCUUCAUUCUUUGUUCUCCGAGGAUAAUGAAGAAGAUUAGCUGUGAUCAUGUCAUGUGACAUGCACAAAACAUGCCUUACACUACCAAAAAUUAUAAUAUAAAUUGGCCCAUCA